AUGCAAACUAAACUGAUUUUUUCAAUAGGAAACUUAUAUCAAGACUGGAGAGGAAUAGUGAUAUCAGAUACCACAGUUCCAUAUACGAUGCUCAGCAAAGAAGAACAUCAAGCAAGAUUAAAGGAAAUAACGAGAAGGAAAAGAUCCAGGGAGAUGUUGCUGCUACAAAGUUACAAAAUAGAGAAACAUGGGCAGGAGAGACCACAGUCAUGGAAUAAGAAAUAUAGCAGAAAAGUUAAUAUAAUUAAUGAGAAAGUGAAAAGGAUUGGGCCACAUUUAGACAUAUAUGAAGCUUUCAAAAAAGUCCGAAAAGUUCCUACAACGGAAAAAAUUGCUUCAGCUGCUACCUAUAUUCAAAAACUUUUCAAAGGAUGGUAUGAACGUAGUAAAUUGAACAGAAUAAAACUGAAGGCUAAGAGCCAUGGACCAAAUAUAUUAGCUGUUAUAAAGGAUUAUCGUAGAAUGAUGUUUCGAAUUAAACGCUGUUGUGGCAUCUUGGAUACAAGUACACCCCUAAUAUUUGAACAACUGGAAGACUGGCUUGACAAUAAACUGCUUUAUGAAACUAUAUUUCAAAAGAAAGUGGCCUGGAAAGAAAUAGAUAGAAAUGAGAUCCCUACGUUUUUCAGAGACUGUGGCCGGUUUCCAACACAAAAGGAAAUUAAUACUGCAACAACUCUACUAUUGAAAGAUUCUGUUUCAAAAAACAUAAGCCUGACUAAGACUCAAGUAAUCGAAAUUGCAUUUAUGUUAUAUCCCCCUGUUGGUCUCAUAUUGAAAACAGCUGCUGCUCCUCGGUCAACCUGGGUGAAACCAAUUGUUGAUGGAGAAGAUUCUUACAUGUAUCUAGCAAGAGGCCACCCAGUGCUAAAAUCAGCUGAUAUUCGAAUUGCUGGUGCUCUAGUUGCUGCAUCAAUACGAGACAGAAAGAAGAAGGAGCAAAUAGAAGAAGAGGGAACAAAUGUUUUAGAAGACAGUGACUAA